UUCUGCUUAUGCAAGUUUAGGUUCACGUUUCUUACAUGUUUGCUAACUUACUGUAAAUAUAUAUGUGUGAGCCCGACAUCAAAGAAGUUAAUAUUACGCCAGUGGAGUAUUUUGAACGUCCGUUCAGAAAACGUUGAGAUGACGAGCAUGGAAAGUUUUCUGACGGUCCAGCAGUGCGGUCUGCUUGGCCAAGCGGUCAUGUUUAGCACACGGAAGACCUGGGACCUUGGCCACACCCCCUGCCUGCAGGAGCUCUGGAGCAAAGACGUCUCAUUGGAUGCAAGUUCAGUGGAUUUCCUGAUGAGUGAUGGUGAGGAGGAGAGCUCCUUCCUGACACUGCCCAACUCAGUCCUCCAGCGGCACCGUUUGACCCCUGACCUCAACGAGGCUCCCCUCUGUGACCAGCGUCAGCUGCUCCUACAGGCACUGCAAGAGAAAGUGUGUGAGUAUCAAGCUUGUUUGCGCAGCGGAGAAGCCACCAAGAGACAGCUUCUCCAGCAAGUGCACGUGCACAAGCCCCACAAAGAGCAGGUGGGCAGCCCAGAGCGGACCGGCACGGGCUGCCAGCCUGAGCACGCCCAACGGGAGCCUGCCGGGAGGCCAGGCCUGCAGGAGAACCAGUUCGACCAAGCUGGCUGUGCCUCGGGAACAAGGCUGUUGAGUGCAGCAUCACCAAGGCUACAGUAUCACCCUGACCCUGCUCACUCCCAGCACACACUGCGCAAAGAGGAGACCCAACAAUUCGCUCUCAUAACGGGGCUGCACACACAGAUUGAGGAGCUGGAGAAGAAACUGGUGAACCAGACUCAGGAGGUGGAGAAAUUGCGCUCUGAACUGGGCGCAACAGACCUGGAAAAGCAGCUGGAGCUGCUGCAGAGUGAGAACCAGCGGCUCAGAGAGGAGCUGAGGGCCACCUCCGGCCACCAGCCCCCAGCUACCUGCUCCACCUCCACCUGCUCCCACAGCCAGGAUGCAGAGGCCCUGCGGGGGGCGCUGUUGCGAUGCGAGGAGGAGAGCCGCGAGCAGGGCCGGCGCCUGGCCACCCUGGAGGAGCGGCUGGAGGAGCGCACGAAGCUGGUGGCCCACCUGCAGGAGCAGAUGGAGAAGGCGUCGCGCCGCAGUGCUGAGAACCAGGAGCAACUGGCCGCUCGGCUCCAAGACGCAGAGGAAGCCCUCUCCCACCAGGCUGCAGCACCCCUGCAGGUCAAGUAUGUGACUAGGACAGUGGAGAUUGAAUCUGUUCAGUGUAAGCAGGCCUUGGUGGAGGCACAGGCACGUAACCAAGCUCUCCAGGAACAGCUGGGGGUCCAAAGGCAGCUCCUCCGAGAGUUGGAGGAGCAGCUGCAUGAAAGCCAGAGAACCAGCAGUGAGCUGCGUCACCAGAUCCUUGUGUACGAGGGUGAGAUGGAGCGAGCUCAAGGGCAGUUGGAGGCGGAGCUGCAGAGUCUGGAGGAGGAGAAGAACCGAGUUAUAGAGGAAGCCUUUAUCCGAGCCGAGAGUGAAAUGAAGGCUGUGCACGAGAACCUCGCAGGUGUGCGGAUGAACUUGUUGACCUUGCAGCCAGCGUUGAGGACACUCACCUGUGACUAUAACUGCCUGAAGAGGCAGGUGCAGGAUUUCCCUUAUAUGCUGGAGAAAGCUAUUGCUGAGGCUAAGCAAGAGAUCUGUCAGGUGAUCGGUGAGGUGAGCAGUGCCAACCAAGAGCUGCUGCGCAAAUACAAGAGGGAGAUGAAUCUAAGGAAGAAGUGCCACAAUGAGCUAGUGCGCCUGAAAGGGAACAUUCGAGUGUUGUGCCGUGUACGGCCCAUCUGUCAGGAGGAAGCAGAGGGUGACUGCAAGAACAUGGUGACCUUUGACCCAGAUGAUGAUGCUGUGCUCUGCCUGUCCAACAAGGGCAAGCUUAUGACCUUUGAACUUGACAAGGUCUUUCCACCUCAGGCCACGCAGGAGGAGGUAUUUCAGGAGGUGCAGUCUCUGGUCACAUCCUGCAUAGAUGGCUACAAUGUGUGUAUCUUCGCUUAUGGCCAGACAGGCUCAGGAAAGACCUAUACAAUGGAGGGUGUUGCUGAAGACCCCGGUAUUAACCAGCGAGCCCUUCGUCUGCUGUUCUCCGAGGUGUCUGAGAAAAAGCCUGACUGGGACUACAACAUCACCGUCAGCAUGGUGGAGAUCUACAAUGAGAUGCUGCGGAAUCUUUUAGGAGACACCCCCAGCGAGAAACUGGACAUUAAGAUGUGUCCAGAUGGCAGUGGUCAAUUGUAUGUUCCGGGUCUCACAGAGUUUUCAGUGGAGUGUGUGGAGGACAUUAACAAGGUGUUUGAGCUGGGUCACAUGAACAGGGCGACGGCAUGCACCAACCUGAAUGAACACAGCUCUCGCUCACACGCACUGCUCAUCAUCACCGUGGCUGGAUUCAACUCCUCUACAGGACACCGCACCUCAGGCAAGCUGAACCUGGUGGACCUGGCUGGUUCAGAGCGGAUCGCCAAAUCUGGAGCUGAGGGCAGCCGUCUGCGGGAGGCCCAGUGCAUCAACAAGUCCCUGUCAGCACUGGGCGACGUGAUCAACGCGCUGCGUUCACGCCACUCUCAUGUGCCCUUCCGGAACUCGCGCCUCACAUACCUGCUCCAGGACUCGCUCAGUGGAGACAACAAGACCCUCAUGGUGGUGCAGGUAUCUCCUUUGGACAGUAAUGUCAGUGAGUCAGUCUGCUCUCUGAAGUUUGCCCAACGUGUUCGUACAGUCGAGCUUGGCCCGGCAUCGUCUUCACGCAGAUGUGCUGAAAACUCUUCAACAUCUUCUUCACCUACUCAUGACAGUGUGGAGCUGGACUCUCCUCCGGUGACCCCUGUGCCCCUGCCCAUCUCCAGGGCCAGCAGUGUGAGCUCUACUGUCUCCUCCACCUCCAGAAGUCACAGCUCACGCCGCCGUUCCCACAGCCAGCUCACCACUGACAGACAGGUAGACAGAGCCAGCCCAUUGGUUGGGGACAGUGGGCAGGUAGGUGGGGUUUUCUCUGAUUGACUUCUUAGCAUGGAAAGGCUCAGCAUGGCCCUGUGUCACCUGGUCGCCCUCUGCCCAUCUAACACAUUGCCUCUAACCCUAGGAAAGUGUCUUUGUGCGUGCGUGAGUGAGAGUUUUUGUGUGGAGUAAAAAUUGAUGUUGCUCUGACUUGUCCUGUCACGCUUUUGUGUAUUAUGUACGUUUUUAUUUCCUUCUUUGUCAAAGUAGUUUUCCACGGCUGCUGUUUUCUGUGGCUUGGUUGUUGUGUGGUGGUCACUGUGUGUGCACAUGCGAGGCUGUGAGAGAGGGACGGAGUGGAACCAAGAGACUUGAGUGUAUACGGUCACUGCGGGACCAGCUAUACAGAUACAUCUUGUGUGAAGUGCAAAUGAAUGUUAUACAUUUUGUGAGAGUGAUGAGUUCACCACCAUUUUUUGGAGCAGCACACAUACCAACUACAAAGGACAAACAUCAUCCCCUUCACAUGUAGUGAUAAAGCUCUUCCCUUUUCAAUGCAGAAAAUGAGUGGUCAUAUUCAUAAAUGUCUCUUAACCUAAUGGUGACUAACUAAACCAAGUGCCUGAGCUGAAUUUUUUUAGCAUUGACUCAUGCAAAGUAACAUGGGUGUAGUUCUACACUCACCAGCUUCUUUAUUAGAGGCAACUUGUAUCAUUGUAGGCACAAGUAUCUGUAGCGUUCAGUUUGCAUUUGCAAACUUCUCGGCCUUCCCCAGAGGUCAGGUCCUGACCAGUUGACCUUCUGUUGGAAGGUUAUUUUUUUAGGUGGCAGACCACUAUCUUGCUAGUUAGUUAUAGAUGAGAUUCAGUCUGUAAUUAAAAACUCAUGAACAUGGGUGUAUCUAAAAAGUUGCCAGGGAGUGUAGGUGUAAGGUAGGUGUUUCUAAUCAACUCUCUGUGUAGGUAUAAGGUAGGAUUUUCUAAUAAAGUGAUCGGUGAGUGUAUUGUGGUCCAGGUGACCUGAAUUUUACUGGUUCAUUUACCCGUGGACUGUGAUCUCUUGUCCAUUGCAGUUUUUGCUGACAUUGUUUAUUGACACUAGCAACAUUUUUUUUUUAAUUUUGUCUUUCAUUCUUAUUGGGAUCUUUUUCCUUUUAUUCU